AUCCGGCUUGCCAGAAUAACCGCGUUCACAGAACAUUCCCAGUCACCAACGAUGUCUCAAUCCUCUGCUAGCAUAGCGUCCGAAGAGGAGCGUAAGGACGACGUCCCCGAGGACACCUGCCUAUGCAACGACCUGAUGGACAGAACAGGCCCUGUUCCCACCCUCGGGCGGCUCCAGGAAAUUGCCGCGACAACGACGUGCGACCUCUGCCUCCUGCUCCAUGAGCUGGCAGAUGCCUUCCAGGCCGAGGAGGACUCCCUCAUAUACCUUGAUCUCCCCAACAGCGGCUACCGGACCACGCUGGAGGUGUCAUUCCUGGCUGACAUGGACGAAGAUGACAUUACCCUGAGGGUGUUUGUGCCUCCCGGCGUGGAGUCUCCCCACCCUUCUAUCCGCACGGGCACCCCCGUUUCCUAUUACUCCGGUAGUGCGGAGUGUCUUGAGCUGGCGAGACGCUGGUUGGGCGAGUGCGCUCAACAUCAUAAGGACUGCAAGGUGCCUUCCGACACGCUAAUGCCCACACGCGUCAUUGACGUCGGCGGGGACGGUCGAGAUCCUGUCCUUGUGGAAACAGGGGGUAGACCUGGCCAGUAUGCCACUCUGAGCUAUUGCUGGGGCAAGAAGCCGCAGCUCAGGACGACCAAGGAGACACUGUCCGCCUUCCUUGAGGUCAUUCCCGUGGGAGAGCUGCAGAAGACGGCAUUGGACGCGCUCGAAAUAUGUCGGCACCUCGGGAUUCCUUAUCUCUGGAUCGACGCCCUCUGCAUCGUCCAGGAUGACGAGAACGACUGGCUCUACGAGUCGGCGCGCAUGUGCGACAUAUACUCGUCCUCGGCCCUCACCAUCGCCGCCGCCCGCUCCACGAACGCCAGGCAGGGCGUCUUCGGGUAUCAGCAAUACGGCAGCCGCGAGUAUUCCCAGAUUUUCUUGUUCCGGGGCACCGAGGUGUACGCGAGAAAGGUGCCGGUGGGGGAGCACGUUGGCAACCCCCUGGCCAUCAACAUCGCAAGCCAGGAGACGGGCCGCGUAGCCGAGGCAUCGUGGAUCCUUCGUCCGCAGGAGCUGCCCCUCGCACGACGGGCCUGGACGGUGCAAGAACGUGUCCUAUCGCGGCGCGUGCUCUACUACACCCCGCAGGAGCUCUGGUGGGAGUGCGACAGCUGCUGGGCGUGCGAGUGCGGGCGGGCCAACGACGCGAAAGACGGGGAGCUCGCGGAUGACCCCGACAACGGGGAUAGUCAUUUUGAUCCCGUUCGGGAAGCGAACAUCGGGUCCUUCGGCUGGCUGAGGGACCCCGGGCGGUGCAAGUCCCUCACGCUCGGCCAGGCGUACAAGAGAUGGGCGGCUGUCGUGUCCCUCUUUAGCGCGGGGAAGCUCACCGUGUUGAGCGACAAGCUCCCCGCGCUCUCGGGCAUCGCGCAGCAGUUCCAGCGGUGCCUGCAGGCGCGGUUCGGCGUGUCGGAUGAGUACCUCGCGGGCAUGUGGCGGCGGGACCUCGCGCAGCAGCUGCUGUGGCUCAUCGGUCCGUACGUCGGGCGCCCCCGCCUUGCGCCCUACCCGGUCGAAUGCGGCAUUCCUACGUGGAGCUGGGCCUCGGUCAACGGGGUGAUCAGCCACGCGUGGGAGGAACAGGAGGACGGCUUGGACCCGUUGUUCACUAUUCGGGAGGCAUCAGUCAACCUGGCGACUUCGGAUCCAACCGGCAAGAUUAGCGGGGGGCAGCUUGUGCUCGAGAGCCGUGUCUCGCACGGUCAUACGUUACGCGGGGUCCCACAGCCGGGGAAUAUCCUCGCUGGCCUUACACUGCUGCCGUCCGGCUCAAUGGUGGGCUUCUAUGCCGACCGCCCGGACGAGCUGCAUCCCGGCGGCUUCUACACUUGUCUCGAAGCGGCAGGAGGCGGAAAUUCAGGCGCAGAUUGGUUUAUGGUUUUGACGCCGUCUCGUAUAAUAAAUGGUGCGUAUGAGCGGGUCGGAUUUGGGGUCGUUUCGAGGUUAGUCGGGGAUUCUACUAAGGAGCACAUGUGGAAAGAUGCGCAAAUCGAGGCUGUGACGAUUGUCUGAUUCACGCAGGCAGGACCAAGACGAGCGCUACCUGAGCUCCUGGGAAUGUGGUCGGGCUACUUAGACGUCCCAGCACGCGUCCUGUGCGAGGCCGCCCGGUUCCUCUACAGCUCCGAAAACGCCUUCUUGAUGUCGACGCUGUAGUAGGGGUUGGCGUGGACGCUGUUGUACUUAAUCGUCUCAGAAACGGGAGCUGAACUUUGCAGCACGUUGCGGGGGUUGGUCUGGCUGUUGUAGGUGUAGUACUCGAUCGAGUUAGCCUUGUUGCGGUUCUCCUCCGGGGCCCAAUUUGCCGGGGUCCGGCGACUCGUGAACACGAUGGGCAUGGGGAUUAUGUUACUGGGACAUGGGAGAUGGCGGCUAUCAGCAGUGUGAUAAUGCAAG